AUGUCCGAUUCAAUAAGAAGUGCAACAAAUUCCGGCGCAGGAGCUGUCACAGCUGCAGGAGCGCUGUUCAACAUCGAGGACUACAACAUGAUAGAGGAGGGACAGGCCAAGAUCUUAUCGCUCAAGGAGAACAAGGUUUUUUACAACCCCAUCCAACAAUUUAAUAGGGACUUGUCGGUUACAGCCAUCAAGGCGUGGUCUCAUUUGUACAUGAAGACAAAGACGGGGAAGAGGAUAACAAAAAAGAGAACCCAUGAGGAGUCGGAGGGUGAGGUCAAGGAGUCCUCUUCCUCCUCUUCUGAUGGGGCUGCUGCUACUGCUGCCACCGCCGAUGCUGCAGUUGUAGAACUGUUGCUGGAAGCUUCAGGCCAAGCUUCUAAGUCUGACGCUCCUGAAGUUGAAAUCACUCCUUUCAUUAAUAUACUUGAGGCCUUAUCAGCCACCGGUCUUAGAGCUAUAAGGUACGGGCAUGAGAUACCUCACGUGAACACUGUCAUUGCCAACGAUCUCCUUCCGGAGGCUGUCAAGUCAAUCAAGAGAAACAUCGAGUAUAACGGUCUUUCCGAAAAGGUGAAGGCUAACCUCGGAGAUGCGAUUCAUUACAUGUCCAAUGGGAAGAGGAAGUUCCACGUAGUUGACUUGGAUCCCUACGGGACUGCUACUCCGUUCAUUGAUGGUGCCAUCCAGUCGAUCAACGAAGAAGGGUUAUUGCUAGUUACAUGUACCGAUGCUGGAGUGUUGGCGGGCUCCGGGUACCCUGAAAAGUGCUUCGCUUUGUACGGUGGGAACAAUUUUGGAAAUGCAGCUAUUGGCAGUGAAGCUAACCACGAAGCAGGUUUAAGAUUGGUAUUGCAAAUGAUUGCUGCCAACGCUGCCAAGUACAAGAAGACCAUUGAGCCAUUGCUCUCGUUGAGUAUAGACUUCUAUGUCAGGCUAUUCAUCAGGGUGAGAACACUGCCAAUUUCUGUAAAGAAGUUGUCCUCCAACACCAUGCUCACCUACCACUGUAUCGGCUGUGGUCACAAGGGAAAUCAAUUCUUGGGAAGAGUAGAAACAAGAGACAACGGAACCAACAAGUUCAUGUACCCGCUGGGACCACCAGUGAAUAGCAAAUGUGAAUACUGUUCCCUGAGCUACCAUGUAGCGGGCCCAAUGUGGGGUGGACCUUUACACAACGAAGAAUUCAUUGACGAGGUGUUGAAAAUUAAUGAAACCAGCGAUAAGGCUGUGUAUGGAACUACCGAGAGAAUAAAGGGAAUGCUUACAGUUGCUCGCAACGAGUUGGCUGACCCAUUUUACUUCAACUUGAAUCAAAUUUCUUCAUACUUCAAGUCUCCACCUAUCCCAAUCAACGAGCUUUGCAAGGCUUUGGGUAACUUGAAGUACAACGUAUCAUUAACUCAUGCCAAGAAGAACUGUAUAAAGACGAAUGCACCUUGGGACGUGAUAUUGCAAAUAAAUAGACAAUGGCUCAUCAAGAACAACAAGGAAACAUUGAAAAGAUGUGAAGACCAAUUGGCCAAGUUAGAACAAGACAACGGUGACGAAACAAAGAUAUUAAAGUUGAGAGAGAAGAUUGGUAAGUUGACCAAUGAUAUCGCCAUGCUGCCAAACUUGAAUGAGAACAUGAUUGGGUACAAGAUAUUGAAGAAUGCCCACAAAUUGCCAGAAAUCGAGGUGAACUUCCUCGACAAAAGUGAAAUCAGUGAGAGGGUCAAUAAGUUCAGGAAGUUGAAGAUAGUUAGAUACCAGGAAAACCCUGAAAAGAACUGGGGGCCAAAGUCCAGGCCUGAUAACUAA